AUGGCCUUUAUGCUCCUUGGUCAACUCAUCUUGAACCAACUCAGCAUCAACCUCGGUUUUGGAAAGCAUGCGCUCGACAAGAAGACUUCAAUUAACAUAUCUCUGACCUUCUCGCUAGUUGACUUCAGCCACUUCGAACGUAUCACGUACUAUGGCGCAUCCGCGCUCACCUUUUCAAUCACGGGCAUCAUUCUUAGCAAGAUCUCGUUCGGGCUCACUUUGCUUCGGUUGACUGACGGAUGGCUUAAGGCCUACGUUUGGUUCGCUAUCGCUACCCUUGCCUUAUUCGCGAUACCAGUUGCUGUCCUCCCCUGGGUACUGUGCAAGCCAAUAACGAAGACCUUUGUUGAUAUCCUUCCCGGGACAUGUAUCGACAAGGAGCCUUCCGUAAUAUACGGAAGAUUCCAGGCUAUAUGGGCUGCCAUCAUGGAUAUUUCUCUAGCAUUGUUGCCUUGGAAGGUCCUCUGGAAUCUACAGAUGCGCACCGCGGAGAAGAUCGGAGUUGGUGUUGCCAUGAGUCUGGGUAUCUUGGCGGGAGUCACCUCUAUUCUCCGAGCCAGAUACGUCGAACAGCUCCAGACCCAGGAUCUUUCCUACCAAGCGUAUAACUCCGUCAUUUGGUCAACAGCAGACACUGCCAUGACAGUCGUUGCCACGUCCAUCCCGGUACUCCGUGUCUUCUUCAAGCAAGCGGUCAAUACGGCCAUCUCACAUUACCACAACUCAACCAACCGAAGCAACAAAUCGAAAUCUACUGGAACUGGAAGCACUCCUUCCAACCCUUCCAACAACGCAAGCACACUUGCGAAUCAAAGUGCACGACGAUUGAACAAGAACACAUCACGUACACUAGAGAACACGAGCACAGAUUCAUUAUUCAAAGACGACGACCUGGAGCGUGGCCCCAAGGAGGGUUACAUUGAGUUGGACGAUCUCAUUGUUGACGAGAAGACUGGAAGGGUUUCGGCUGCAACACCCGAGUCAUUGCCAGAGUCCAUGUCACGGGCGCACCUACACGGUGACGAUUGGCCCUUGGCAGACCAUAUUCAGACGCACAUAGAAGACAUACGGAGGUUGUGA